UGAAGUUUACCUGGUAACAGAUGAUCCUAGGCUGAGGAACUCAGUGAUUUGUUUCUACAUCUGUCCCCGCCUACCUAGCCAAUCUGACAACCGGACUCUGAUGAGCUGGUAGGAACAGGUUUAGUGUCUGGGGGCUGGGUAGCGCCAAAUUACUCAUCUAGUGGGGAUCUAGGAGCCUGGAUGAUACCACAUUCUGCUUAGAGUCUGGAAAUUAUCUUCCCAGGCUGGGGCUUUUGGGACAAGUGAGGAUUCAAGGCCCCUGGAAGAGUUGGUCCAGGGGACUGAAUUCCCAGUGGCAUCUUCACAGAGCAGAGCAUGACCAUACUCCUGCCGCUGCUGCUUGGCCUCAGCCUGGGCUGCAUGGGAGCAGGUGGCUUUGUGGCCCAUGUGGAAAGCACCUGCUUACUGGAUGAUAAUGGGACUCCACAGGACUUCACAUAUUGCAUUUCCUUCAACAAGGAUCUGCUGACCUGCUGGGACCCAGAGCAGGACAAAAUGGCCCCCUGUGAAUUUGGGGUGCUGAAUGGUUUGGCCACUUACCUGUCAAAUUGCCUCAACCAGCAGGACACCUUGCUCCAACGCUUACGCAAUGGGCUCCAGGACUGUGCCGUGCACACCCAGCCCUUCUGGGGGUCACUGACUCACAGGACACGGGCACCAUCUGUCCAAGUAGCCCAAACCACUCCUUUUAACACAAGGGAGCCUGUGAUGCUGGCCUGUUACGUGUGGGGCUUCUAUCCAGCUGACGUGACCAUCACGUGGAAGAAGAAUGGGCAGCCUGUCACCGCCCACAGCAGUCCCCAGAAGACUCCCCAGCCCAAUGGAGACUGGACAUACCAGACCCUGUCCCAUUUAGCCCUGACCCCCUCUUAUGGGGACACCUACACCUGUGUAGUGGAGCACAUUGGGGCUCUUGAGCCCAUCCUUCAGGACUGGACACCUGGGCUGUCUCCAGUGCAGACAGUGAAGGUUUCUGUGUCUGCAGUGACUCUGGGCCUGGGCCUCAUCAUCUUCUCUCUUGGUCUGAUCAGCUGGAGGAGGGCUGGCUCUUCCAGCUACAUUCCUCUCCCUGGGUCCAAUUAUCCAGAAGGACGGCACAUUUCCUAGAGGCAGAAUCCUACAACUUCCACUUCAAGUGAGAAGGAGAUUCAAACUCUUUAUGAUACUACCAUGCUUCUUCAACAUCUUUAACUGCCCCUAUCAUUUUCAUGGAUUCUGUGGUUUCUCCAUCCAAUUCUUUGAAUUUACCAGCCCUCCCCACCCCCAGGUAUAAACCUUAAUAACUCAGGGAACUCAUUCCUGGGACUAUCCUGCAGCCAAAUUAUUAUCCAAGGCUAUAUCCUGGGGGAAUAUAAUCCAGGGAAGGGGGUUAAAGGCAUUCCUAGGGGCCUCACUGUUCCACAGAAGGUAGUGAGUUGCUGGUUAUCAUUUCUGAGAAAUAAACUCUGGUGGAAAUGUUG